UUUCUUGUCUCAUGAGUCUUAAGUCAUUAAUGCCCAAACUCUCAGCUUUGGGGAGGAAGAUUGGUGAUUUGGUUGACCCCCUUGAUCUGUUUGGGCUGCUUGAGGGUUGUGAUACUCACCUUAAGGUAUGGUGCAGGCAUACAAAUUGUAUUUGCCACCAGUAAGUGCUCUCCAAGCUUCCACAGAUCAAGAUCAGGAAAUGCUUACUGUUCUGGACCAAAAAUUGACACAAACUUCCUCAGGUUAUUUCCAAGUAUAGUAGGUGGAUAAUUGUAAAUAGGUACUCAAUAUCAAUAAAUAUAUAAUGUAUGGGAGAUAAUUUCUUUAAGAUGUGAUAACUGCAAACAACAAAAAUGGAAAGGCAUGGCCUGGACAUGAUAACUUGAAUGCAGCCACCAGGAUCUGGACUAGAUUAUAGCCCUUUCAGUCCAAUGGAAUUUUGGAAGGUAAUGUAUUGAGUAACAGGCAGGUGCUGUUAAACUGAUGAUCAUAAUCUUUUCUACACAAUGUGGAAUCAUGGCCUUAAGUCCCACAACUUUGCAAGAUUUCGAACAGACAUUGGACCAAGCAAAGAUGAGUCUGCGCGAGUUACGAAUAUCAUCGGAUGCCUAUUUCGUAUGUUUGACCCAUGCUCUCUCCACGGAGAGCUUAGAAGUGAUGGGUCUCCUCCUAGGAGAUCUGGACUCGGAGGACGUAUGCCGGGUGUGCUCGGCCAUGGUGCUGGUGCGCUCCGACAAGCGCAAGGACCGGGUGGAGAUCUCGACGCCGCAGCUGCUGUCGGCGGCGCGCGAGGCCGAGCGGCUGGCCGCCGAGCUGGGCCGCACAGUGCGCGUGGUCGGCUGGUACCACUCGCACCCGCACAUCACCGUCUGGCCGUCCGUCGUAGACAUCAACACGCAGGAAUCGUUCCAGACGAUGGACAGGGGCUUUGCCGGCGUGAUAUUCUCGGUAUUCCCGAACCGACAGGGCGGCGAGCGGGUGCAGGCGGCCUGUUUCCAGUCGGCGCGCGAGGCUGGCGGUGAGCUGAAGCGACGCGAUAUACCGCUCCGCAUCGAGUCCACGCGCACGUUGGCGGCCCACUGUCUGAAGGCGUUGGUCCGGCUGCCGGAGACGCUCUGCGAGGAGGAGGUCACCGCCUUCGACGCCGUCCGCGCGGCCACCGAGGGUGACACCCUGACGGAGAUGCACAACCAGGCAGUGCUCGUGCGCAACACCACGCAGACGCUUGGUCUGCUCACGCUACCGCUGGUGCGCUGGUUCGAGGACCGGCUGAUGCACAACCAGCGCACGCUGCAGCGGUUGCUUGGCGAGCGCGACGCGCUGCUGGCGCGGCUGCGCGAGGGUGACCGGGACGCGGCGGAGAGUGCGCGGGUGUGCGAGGAGCGGACGCUGGCGAGGGUUAAGUGCGAGAGCGACGCGGACGCGGAAGGGGGUGGGGUGGAGCCGCGGCGACGGCGGGCCGUGGUGAAGCUGGAGCCCUGCUCGGGGGCCGUGGUGAAGCAGGAGCCCUGCUCGGGGGCUGUGGUGAAGCAGGAGCCCGGCGCGGGAGCCGUGGUGAAGCAGGAGCCUGGCGCGGGGGCCGUGCAGCCGUCCGCCGGCGGCGCCACCGGCGUCCCGGCCUGA